UUCCUGACACCGAUGCAGAAAGACUUCGAAAAGAAGAGGGUUGGUUGUAUGAGUAGAAAGUGUGCUAAGAGAAGGGUGAUGAUGACGUUGCUAGUCUAACGAGGCCGGGGAGGAUCUUAUGUUCUGAGUCUCUUAAAUAGCUGACGAGGUCUUAUGUAACGGGUAAAUUACAGAAGAAAGAAGGAUCUAGUGAACAGUGGCUAAAGGCAGUGGUAUAGACAGCCACAUACGUAAUCUUCAGAUAUUUAACAACGGUCGUUACUUGGGCAUAUGCAGCAAUGUCAAGUUUUGAUGAUGCAGAUACUGAGGAGACUCUAACACACCUUAGCAUGAAGUUGUAUCAUUCCAUGCAACGUGAUAAGCCUAUAUUUCAGCAAAUACAUUUUGGCAGAAGGCAGAGAUAUCAGACUGAUGAAAUACUAAAAUUUGGCCGUGAUAGCAAGACUUGCAGUAUUGUCUUACUGGAUCCUCGAGCCUCCCGUAUGCAGUUUAGCCUUCAGGCCUUCAGACAAUUCAACAGUACUGAACUUUGUUUCGAGAUUAAGAAUGUCAGCAGGAAGGUCAAGAUGGCAGUAGGAAACACUGUGCUAGAUUUCUUGAACAAACUAACUUUGCCCAAUAAGUGUUUGAUAAGGUUUGGAGAAUUUCAGAUUCUUUUUGAGAAAGAGGAUGGAGAGUCCGUGACUCACUUUGAGACUUGUUUUGAGCUAGCCAGAUCACCAGUUGUACAAGAAGUUCCCCUGGUGUCGUCCUUGUCACCUGUACCUGAGACUGCUGUACUGAACUCUGGCAGCAACUACUACCAGUAUCCCAGUUACAGUUUGCCAGCAGAGAUGGAUGAAAAUGAGUCAACAUACCCUCUCUAACUCUAUUUGGAAGGCUUUAUUCCUGUUGAUGCAGCCAGCUGUCUCUCCCCCCCCCCCCCCCCUCCCCAAUUUAGUUGGAGUUAGUGGUGCCAGUGAAUUAAAGCUUUUGCAAGUAUUUCAAAUGUACAUUGUAAAUAUUGUAUAGUUCAUAUUUUUAUUUAACUUACAAUUUUAAAGAAAUGUUAGCUAUACUGAGGCAAAGCAUUGCAUUCAUUUUCUAAUAUUUUUGUAUGUUUUUAUACGUUUUGAGACUUCCUCUCAAAAUGAGAGGCUGCUUCCAGUUGUGAAUUUUAACUAAACAAAAAUUUAAAAACCUGUUGUGAAUUUUAACUAAACAAAAAUUUAAAAACCUGAAGUUAUUUGUUAGUAUUGUAUUUCAUGAUUAAUUGGAAUGUUGAAGUAAAAUGGCAAUAAGGUAUUCGA